ACGACCGGUGGAGUCGCGUCACAAUUCGCUCAUCUCUCUCAGAGUAGAGUGCCAAAUUUGGGAAAGGAACAUUUGUUACCUAUUUUGUAUAAAAGAUGGCCUUCUAUUAUUCCGUGCUGGUUGUGGCGAUUGUGGCUGCUUCUGUAAACAAUUGCUCAGCGAUAACAGAAGAACAGAAGGAAACGCUAAGAGAGAAGCUGAAAGCCAAUGCCUUAGCAUGCAGCUCGGAGCUCGGCUUCACCGAUGAACAACUGAAGCAGUGGAAGGAGGAGAAGAAGACCCCCGACGACAGCAACAAGUGCUUCGUCGCGUGCAUGUUCAAGAAGAGUGGCCUGAUUGAUGACCAGGGCCUGUACUCGGAGAGCACCGCUCUUGAGAAGAUUAAGCCUUACCUCUCGGAAGCCAGAAAGGACGAGGUGAACGCAUCAAUCAAGGCUUGCAGUUCUGUGAAUGAACAAUCCGUGGGCGACGGCAGCGCUGGCUGUGAUCGCGCUAUCCUGCUCUACAAGUGCUUCCAACAGCAGAAGGAAUUGCUUGGCAUCUCACUGGACUUCGUGAUCUAAACAAUUUAUAAUAAACGUGGAUAUUAAAUACAUUUUCCUAUAUUUCUAAUGCUGUGACUAAAUAUUUUAAAUAAAUUUAAACUAAGUAUAUUACGAUAUGAUGAA